AUUGGUUGCUGUCUGCGGCCUUGACCCUUGCGUCACAGUAGCGUGUGAGCGUUAGUGCGUACACACCCACUGACCCAGCUAUCAUUAUAUUCUAAACUCCUGUUUAACCAGCAGUGGUGAAACCAGCCAAGUCUAGAGUCAGCUAUGCCGUCCGCGAAGUCGUUGCUAGGCGAGAGAGAGUACAACGCGUUCCGGGACGAGUGUCUGUCCGUGCACAACCAGUACCGAUCCCGACACGGAGCCCAGCCGCUCAAGAUCAGCAGUCAGCUCUGCCAGUCUGCACAGGAGUGGGCGGAGCAGCUCGCACAGACCGGUAAGUUGGAGUACAACCCCGACAGCCCGCAUGGCCAGAACCUCGGCAUGAAGCCGGCGGGAGGGAAGACUCCCCUGUCCGGCAAGUCCCUGUGUACCGCCUGGUACGAGGAGAAGAACAAGUACGACUUUACCAAGAACGGACAUCAGGAAGGAACAGCCCAUUUCACACAGGUGGUCUGGAGGGACAGCCGUGAGCUGGGACUGGGAAUGGCGAAGGACGCCGGAGGGAACAUUAUCGUGGUGGUCAACUACUCACCCCCGGGUAACAUCAUGGGCAAGUUCCAGGAGAACGUCUCGUCGGAAAGUAGUGGGAGGAAUCCCUCAGUAGCUGGGGGUAACAAACCCGCGACUGGUCGGACGGCGGCGGACGGGAAGCCGAGUCAGGCUGCCUCGGAUGACGAAGACGACACGGACUGGACCAACGAGAAAGUCAAGGAAGCUGAGGCGAACUUUGUUGAACAGCUGAUCGAGCGGCAGAACUACUACCGGGCCAAACAUGGCUGUGACCCCGUGACCCUGAACCCCGUCCCUCUGACCGAGCAUGCGCAGAUGUGGGCAGAAACGAUGGCAAAAGACCGGCAGCUGAAGCACAGCGGGAACCACGAGUACGGAGAGAACAUCGGCUACAAGUACAGCAAGAGGGGCCGACCGACGAAGGCGGCCGAGGUUGUGGACAUGUGGUACGACGAGAUCAACCACUACAAUUUUGACCAAGGUGGACACCAGGAAGGAACAGGACACUUCACCCAGCUGGUGUGGAAGUCUGCCCGUGAGGUGGGGGUGGGCUGGGCGAAGGACGACACCCGCACCAGGACUUACGUCACCGCCAACUACCUCCCCGUGGGCAACAAGUUGGACGAGUUCGCUGAAAACGUCUUCAAGCCAUUGUAGAAUUUUUGUACAAUGUGUUUUACUCUGUAUGAUUGGUCAUCUCAACCACGCAGGCCUGUUAGCCUGGAGUCCAGCCGUGUCAGCUUUAGUCCACUCCCCAAGAUCCGCUAC